AGCGCGGCACUCGACACGCACAGCUUACUUCGACUUGGACGGUUUGAAAUAAUUUAGCUCCCAUCGCCCAUCAUCAUCGUUCAUGGCCUUCUACCUAGACCCAGUAGAAGUGGUGCCAGUCGUCGUUAUCGUUUUGGGUUUCGCCAUUCCUUCGACGGAUGGAUUUACCAACGGUCACCGUCGAGAGGAGGUGUCCUGUCGGUAUGGGGACGCCAGGGAUCACUACUUCAGCCAGCCGUUUCGUUACGGAGAAAGUGCAAGCGAAGACGCCAGAAACCUAGUUGAGGACGAUUCCCCGUUCGUCGUUGCGGAUAAGUGUCGCCUGGCCAAGGACAUGGAGCAGGAGAUCCAAUAUUUGCGCACUUUGAUGGACAAAUGCGAGCGGUGCGUUUCGUCCCUGGACUCGAUACCGGCCGGGUCGAGUGGAAGAGGUGUAUCCUGUGAGGAUGGAGGCGCGUUCUGGUGCCGCGAAAGAAGCUUACCGUGCAUCGACACGCCAAUCGGUGCCGUCUGCACUCCCUGUCCCGUUGGACACGACUGGAACGGAUCGGAAUGCAUCCCGAGAGCUGUCUGCAAUUGAAUCGAACGACCAGACAUAACAAGACCAGACAAUUUGCAACGGAAACGGAUAAUAAACACGAAUAAAAUGAUCCGCAAAUUGCACUCUUAAAAA